UGAACUCUUGGUCGAAGCUGGAUUUCCAGGUGAGUCUGGCUCAGGGGCGCUUUCUGCCUACUAGGUAGUACCCAGGGCACUCGUCAUAACUUCAAGGAGCUCUGCAAACUCUUGUAGGCUUCUAAAGGGUCUUGCAGGCGCCCAAGAAUGGAGGCUGCCCGCCUGCGGGAGUGGUACUCAGCAGCACAGGCGCUGAUUGCCGAGCUGGGUUCGAAGUCUGCAGACCCUGAAUCGCAAAGAAAUCCAGACUUUGAUCUCCACAAUAAGCACUUCCAUCUCUAUCGGUUAGUGCACAGAAUAAAGAAGGGAGCCGGGAAAGUGAAGCAGGGGGAAAGUCGAGCAAUAUGGUCAGAGAGAGCGGGCACACUGCAGGCCGAAGUACAGGAGCUGACUCGAAGCAUCAUCCAGAAUGCCGACAAGGACACAGUUCCCAGCCUCCUGGCGGCGGGUGCGUCCACCGCCGAGGGCCUUGAGUCUGACAAGGCGUCACUCCAAGAGUCCGUCCAAGCCGCCAAGUACACAUGCGAGGCGCUAGAGGCCACAAUAAGCGAGCACGCAAGCGCGCGAGAGCAGGAAGCAGCCACGCUCUUGGAGCUCCGGACGAGAACAGUGGUGUUGCAGCAAGAUGUCCGGCAACGAGAGGCGGACGCACGCGAACUAGUGCAGAGGCUACAGGGAGCGGUAAAAGAGAAGGAGGCGCUGGCGGGGGAAAAAGAGCGCAUGGAGGAAGAUGUGCGCGCGCGCGCGCAGCUGGCGGAGUCGCAGGGGCAGGUCAUAGCACAGCUGAUGGCGGAUAGCGAGGAGUCAAAGCGCGAGCUCGAAGGGUUAAGAAAGAGGGUCACGGAGGCUGAGCAAGAGGCGCACGUGCUGAGAGUGAAUUUGGGGAACCACGGGCAGGUGAUCGAGAAGCUGAUCCUAUUGAAUUCGGAGAUGAUGGAGGCGGGGAACAAGUAUGCGGCGUGGAAAGAAACGCACGAGGCUGGGGGUGCAAAAAGUAACGAGACUGGGGAAGAUGGGGAAAAGCGCACCAAUGUUUCUGGCGAUAGAAGGGGGCCGACAGAGGAGGGGGCUGCCGGGUCAAGCAACGGUGUCGCAGGAGAGGGCACCAGAGAGCGGAGGGGAGUGGAAACGGGGGCGCGGAAGCAAGCGGUGAGAGCCGAGGAGAGCCGAACGGAAGCGGGGGCCAGUGACGAUGAGCUGCCCGUCAGUGGGACGUCAGCAGAGACUGGCGGCAAGGAGUUCGCUGCGAACAGACGGCCCCAGGGGCUGAGUGAAGAGAGUGACGAAGUGGACAAGCGACCCAGUAUCAGAGUUGAGAGUAGAAAGCCCGGCCAGGACUCAAAAAGUGGAGACGCUCGAGCGAAGCCCGUUGAUCGAGAUCAGGAAGCGGGAGGUGGCGUGGAGGCGCAAUCUGCACAGUCGAGUACAAGCAACGGCCAUGCUGCUGAGAUCCCCCGAAAGCCGCUCAAGUGGACGUCUGACAUGCUACCGCUGUCGCAGCGACCAACUUCGCCCCCACCGCAACGAGACGAGGCGCCGCAAGGGCAGCCGGAUGCGGCCGGCUGGGUAGGUAGUAAGAUACAGGGGGUCGGGGGCAGGGCCCGCGGGUUGCUGAACUAUGUCGCCGGAAUGGACAAGGCGCCGACUGCCACAACUUAGCUACAGAAAUAGGUACUGUUCUUACUGCAUAAGUGCUAGCUCUAAAACGGACCGUUUGGUACUAGGACAGCCCGUUUGACGUGUCUCAGCGCAGGAGUUUCCAGCUUGCGAAAGAGAAGCAGGUGCUUCCUUAAGCAUCGCAAAACUCCGUUUAUCCACGUUGUAAAAUAGUGUUUGUAUGUCGGUUAGCACGCUUGUGCUCUCAUGCAAUCUUCCCAGUGAAGAGCUUCUGGUACAAGCC